AUGGCGAGCGGCAGGAGCGCCCCCCUGUCCCCGGACUCCUCUGACGAUGAAGCCCCGGAGGAGAUGAGCUUUGAGGCGGCCAGAAACGAAGCUUUAGACCGCAUCAAGAACGCCCUGGACACGGCCAAGAGGGAGAAGCAGCAGCUCAAGGAGAAGCGACGCAGGAGACAAGAGCUGUUCCAGGAGCAGAAGAAGAGAAGGCUGCUGCCCUCAGAGCUGCUGGACCAGAUGGAUUCUGCUGCUGCGGCGGAGCAAGAACAGGUUCAGGAUGAAGAGCAACAAGAGCAAACUGAAGAAAAGCCAAUGUCCUCAAGAUGUCUGACAGAGGUCUACACAGUGACCUCAUCCCACCAGCAGACGUCCCACCAGCAGCAGGCGGCUCAGGACUUCCUACACUCGCGGCUGUACGGAGUUGGGAGCAGGCGCACCACCAAUAAUGAGCUGUUGUCGCUGCAGAACAAACGAGGUCCAAACAAACGAGCUGCGGCCAAGUUUGUUAACAGCGGCUGGGCCUCCAAACACAAGGCCAAAGCCCAGAAGACUCCAAGGUUGUCCAAGGAGCAGCAGCUCCAGACAGAGCUGCACUGGGCGCGACCAGCCGUCUACACCAGGACAGGGCAGUGUUUGCGUUUGCAGGGUCUCUCCUUUUCCCACAACACCUCGCCUCAGUCGACUGAGGAAAAGGAAACGUGUACAGAAGCACAUGGCUACGAGGCCAGAGUCGUGUCCGUGGGUGAAGGGAGCAGAGAGCCCCAGUUCAUGCCCCUGGAGGGGAGGGUGUUCAUGGGUGUGGUCCCGCCCGAAAGCUGCCCGCCUGUGGACCACGCCCGUCAUCAGGAGAGGACGACGUCAAACAUUCUUUCACCCAGAGAAAGUCAGAUGCUCUGA